CUCACUCGCUGGGUGGCUUUCGAUUUUCCUCGCUCAACAGUCUGGCUUGCUAACCACUGCAGUCACAGUGCGACAGAACGCUCGCGAAAGUUUAGUGCGUGGUUCUCGCUUAGCAGAGACCAAGGGUGUAAUACCGUGCUUUGGAUAGAGAAGCCCCUCACGAAAGCAGAGUGUGUAUUGUUACAGAGCCGUGAGAUCGGUCGAAGGUAUUUUGCUCGCAUAAGGGCGACCUUUUGAUCUCCGUUCUCACUUGUACUGGCAACUCAUCUCUUCAUCCGUGGCACCGAAGAUACUGAAGACAAGUGGCCGACGGCUUAAAUAUCGGACGGCGUCGCCGGUGAGGCGACAUGUCGCGCGGUGGAUGUAGAUUCGGCCUUCUUCACGAGGCGCGGCGGACGGUGCUAUGUGAGGCCUUCGUUCGUAACGCGUUAUGCGUCUGUGUGCUGUCAGCAUUUGUCUUCUCAAUCGUAUUCGGCGAUGGCUUUGUCAUGACCGCCGGCGUGUUUAAGAAAGAUAAGAAGACUGGACGAAUGCCGAACAGAGGAUUCGUCGUUGACUGCUUGACAAAAUGCGAAAAGUCUGAGAAUUGUCACUGUGUCAGAAUGUCAAAUCGGAAGGACAAGCCUAUGUGCGACCUGAUGAACCCGUUCCCGUACGGCAAGCCUCUGUCACCAAAAGGAUUUGUUUACUUUGCAUCGAAUAAAUAUUACGAAACUCUAUACAAUGUGUCGGCGGUUAACUAUGCCUUGAGAAAGAAGGCUUCUCAGAGUUCAGUUUACGAAUUGUACGGGAUCCAAUACACUCCCGAAAAAGCUGUUGAUGGGUCCCACAACACUGAUGGCCUAAAACCGCCGUAUUUUGCCCAUACGCAAGACUCCAUGUGGGCGGAGCUCAACCCCUGGUGGCAGGUGGAUCUUAAUCAAGAGGUAACGGUGAUGGGCAUCAGAAUUCGUAAUAGAAAAGAAUGGGGCGACCGGCUACACGACUUUGAUAUCCGAGUAGGACCAAACCCAAUUACUACCGACUAUGAUGACGUCCAUUUCAAGCUUAACACCAGGUGUUACUACAAUGACAAAAGCGGUAUACAAGACGAAGAGCUUCGCCCAUUUAUGUGCAAACCUUGCCCGAUUCGAGGCCGAUACGUGACCAUACAGAUUACGCAAAACUGUACUGACUGCAGAGAACCUUUAAAGAACGUACUCCAGCUAGCAGAGGUUGAGGUUUUAGGAUUGCCAUAGACCGGUCACAGUCCCCCUAUUUUCACGCUUAUGACGACGAUAAAAUAGCUUCGUACGAAGCGGUCAUUUGGAAAGAAUAGCAGUAAUUUAAGAAGCAUAUGUUUUCCUUAGAAUGCAGAAACUAGGUUUGCUUACCUGGCGGAAUUCGGUUUUAUUAACUAAUUAACUAACCAUUAAGGCCGGAAAUUCAGCCAAAAUAUGUUCUCUCAUUUCAAAUGUCGCUAACGGUCGAAUCUAAAUAAGGGACAGUAACCAAUUCGUUGAUCAAACGAGAGACAUUUUGAUGAGUUCGCAAAAAAAAUUACUUUUGACAUAAAUUUCAACGCAAGGUUAAUCACCUAUAAGGAAAAAGGAACCUAUUAAACAACAUGGGAAGUUUGAAAGAAAAGAGUGCUCUGACAGGUUUACAACAACAACUUGUACAUAUCUGUUAUGCGUUGUCAAAGGAACCGCACAUUUCAAUAUGAUGGCAAACUGUUGCCAUUAAGACUUGCUUAAUGAUAAGUCAUAAAUAUACUAUAUAUAUAUAUAUAAGCAACAUUAAUACUUAGUAAUAAAUGUAAUGAUGUUGGACAGA